GCUAAAUUUUGAUAAGCAACUCAGACUUUGAACCUUAAAAGACUGCCAACAUAAGCUUCAAGCUUGGAUUGAAUUACUCUCUCUCGCGCUCUUUUGUGGUUAGGCUUUGUGAAGAAGAUCACAGUAGAAAAAAGGAGGUGAAAACCAAGAGGGCUCUGCACCCCUCCCACUAUAAAUGAAACCCCGCCACCAGCCUCCUCUUCCGUUCGCGCUUUCAUUUUCCACUACCACCUAGAAAGCAGUGCCGCGCUCUCUCUCUCGGAUAGACACGGCAGUAUCGAAGUGAUAAACAGCUUUCGGCGUUUUGCUUCUUCUUUCGUUUCCAUCUUCCUCUGAAACAAAAUUGUGCACCCCACACAAAGCCAUGACAAGGCCUCUCCUCGAGCCACCAUUCGUCUCCUCGGCCCCUCCUCCCAACUACCAUCCCUCUCCCACAACGGCGACCUCCUCCGGCAAUUGGUGGCCUUACUCCGGCGCCAAGGACUUCAAGUCCAACAUCUUCGUCAUCGUCAUCUUCCUCGUGUGUGCUCUCGUCUGCGGCCUUGCCAUCAACUGGACCAUUCGCUUCUUCUUCCGCUGGUGGAAGGCUGACCAGAGAGAAGAGGCAAAAGGCCCCACCAGCGUUGCUCUCCAGAGGCGGCCUCCACCGACGCUGGUGUACUCUUCCGGGGCGGAGCUCGCCGGGGUGGACGCCGCCUGCGCCAUCUGCCUCUCGGAGUUCGCCGAUGGCGAGCGCGUCAGGGUGCUGCCGAGUUGCCGCCACGGCUUCCACGUCAAAUGCAUCGAAGCGUGGCUCGCUUCCCACGCUUCCUGCCCGACCUGCCGCGCGGAAGCGGACCCCGAGAUGCCCCUCCCGGUCCCGGCCAACUGAGAAGGAAGGGCAGUGUUUCAGUCAUUUGGAAGACCUUUAGAACCAUUUACGUUGCCCCUUUGAGAGUUGUUGCAGCUUCUGUCUUCUUCCUAUCAUGGGAAGGAGUUUUUGAUCUUCGGAUUUUUCCUCUCAUGUCAUGAAGUCGUGAGGCUUUCUUGGUUUUGCGUGAAGCCAUCGACGUGGCCUUUUGUUUCUCUGCAGAAAGAAGUUACUGAUAAAGGCAAAGUUUUUCUUCGUUUCUAAUUUAUUGUUUUUGUUUCAUUCCCUUUCUUCAAGAUUCGUAUACUUUGGUAGUUCUGGAGUCCUUUUAGUUGUUUAUCGAUUUGUUGAUGCAUUGAUUAUUUGUUACCUUUUGCUGGACAUUAAAAGGUAGUGAGUGGUCCAUGAGCUCUUUUACCCACUCGUAAAAA